AUUGAUUUACUGGACAAAUUGGAACAACGAGAAGCCUAGGAUUCAACGUUCAAACCUGACUGGUGAACACCCAGAGGAUGUUAUUGUAAAGGAUAUUCUCACACCCAAUGGUCUCACGAUUGACCAUAAAGCCAAGAAAUUGUACUGGUCUGAUGCCAGGUUAGACAAGAUAGAGAGAUGUGAUAUGGACGGUUCAAACAGAUAUGUAAUCAUCACAUCUAUACCUCAACAUUCCUUCGGUCUCGCUGUUUAUGAUAACUACCUAUUCUGGACAGACUGGAUGCUCCGCGCUGUCAUACGUGCUAACAAAUACGAUGGCACGGGUAUAGUUUGGCUACGCAAAAAUCUGGAACGUCAGCCAAUGGGUAUCGUAGCAGUAGCGGAAGAUAGCGAAAAUUGUGAGAUAAAUAAAUGUCAUGGAGAUAAUUAUGGUUGCCAAGACAAAUGUUACACUGAUGUAACAGGCCAGGCAUUCUGUCAAUGUACCUAUGGCAGAUUGAAAGCUGAUGGCAAAAGUUGCGCAUCAAACUUCAAUUGUAUUGGCCUGGGAUAUGAAGCUUUUGCUUGCCUGAAUGGUUUCUGCCUACCAUAUCAGAAGAGUUGUGAUGGGGUCACAGACUGUGUGGAUGGAUCAGAUGAGCUUUCUAUUGUCUGCAAAAACAGAUUAUGCCCAGUUUCCAUGUUCACUUGCACCAAUCGAACACAAGGUCAGUGUAUUGCUCUGUCAAAGAAGUGUGACGGAGUAGUUGACUGCCGGGAUGGUUCAGACGAGGCCCUCAAUCUGUGUGGAUGUCGAACGGAUCAGUUCCGAUGUAAAAGUGGCGUGUGUAUUCCAAAAGAAUAUAGAUGUGAUGGCAAUGGUGAUUGUCUUGACAACAGUGAUGAAGCUUCUUGUGAUGCGACUGUAUGCCAAGAAGGGCAUUGGAAAUGUAAAACUGGAAAGACAUGUAUACCAGAAAACCGGAAGUGUGACAGCCAUUUUGAUUGUGGUGACAAGAGUGAUGAAGCAAAUUGUACCCAAAUCACAUGUGGUACAAACAUGUACAAAUGUCAGAGUGGAGAGUGUAUAUAUGAGAACUGGAAAUGUGACAGAGACUUUGACUGCGACGACCAUUCAGAUGAAGUCGGUGACAAGGCCAACUGCACGUAUCAUUGUUCCAAAGAACAAUUUAUGUGUAAGAAUGACUCGUCUUGUAUCUCGCAUUCGUGGGUAUGUGAUGGUAAUAAUGAUUGUCAAGAUAAGAGCGACGAACAGCAGUGCCAGGAAUGGAUCAAGAAAGAAGGAAAUUUUACUGCUAAAAAUUGCACAGACCAACAAUUCCGGUGCUCAAAUGAUCGUUGUAUAGAAAAAGAAUGGAAAUGUGACGGGGAACCAGACUGCGUGGACGGGCUAGACGAAAGUGCAACUGCCGGUUGUGAGCCAGUGGAUUGUGAAGAGAAUGAGUUUAAAUGUCUGAACUAUCGUUGUAUAGAAAAAGAGUUUUUCUGUGACAAAGAUGAUGAUUGCGGGGAUGGUAGUGAUGAGCCUGAUACCUGUGUUGAAAUGUCAUUCACUUGUUCAGAUUAUGAAUUUGAGUGCGAUGAUGGCUAUUGUAUUGAUAAGACGAAACGUUGCGACGGUACGUUUGACUGUGCAGAUAAUUCCGACGAGAAACAAUGUCCAACAAAUGCAUGUAAAAACUCAACACAGAGCUUCCAAUGUGCGAACUUUGCCUGUAUUGCGAUGAAUCUGGUGUGCGACGGAGUGAACGAUUGCGGUGAUGAAAGUGAUGAGUCACCAGAAUGCAACAUCGAUGAGUGUAAGGAAAGACAACCCUGUAGUCAGAUCUGUAAUAAGCAGAUAAUUGGUUUUGAAUGCAGCUGUCAUCCUGGGUACAAACUAAGGGCAGAUAAACGGACAUGUGAAGAAAUUGAUGAGUGUAAGACGACAUAUCCUUGUUCACAUUUCUGCUUCAACACUGUCGGCUCAUUUUACUGUGAAUGUGCGGAGCAUUAUAAACUAAAGGGUGACAAGAGACACUGCAGUCUAACAAAUGAAGAGGGGAAGCCAUAUUUGCUCGUAUCAAACCGUUACUACAUCAAGAAGGUCGACUUUGACGGAACUAUUGAUAUCAUCGUUCACAACCUCACUCAUUCCGUCGCCAUCGACUUUGAUUAUAAAGAACAGAAACUGUACUGGACGGACAUACAUAGUCAGAGCAGUACUAUAAAUAGGAUAUCUCUAAAUCGUACCAAAGACCGGCCGGAAUCGGAGGAUAUUGAGGUAUUGCACAGUUCAUCUGUUCUAAACCCAGAUGGAAUGGCGGUGGAUUGGAUUGGUCGCAACUUGUACUGGUGCGAUCGUAAUACAGACACUGUCGAGGUAUCCAAAUUGGACGGAAAGUAUCGAAAAAUUCUGAUCAAAGAUAAAUCAUUCUUACGUGAACCUAGAGCACUUCAGCUGUUCCCGAAGUACGGUUACUUAUUCUUGUCCGACUGGGGGGAUAAACCGCACAUUAGCCGGAUAUCGAUGGACGGAAAAACUAAAAAGCACAUUAUUACUGAAGAAAUUGCUUGGCCUAAUGCAUUGACUAUAGAUUACGUGACUGAGAAACUGUUCUGGGCUGAUGCGAAUUACGAUUACAUCGCUAUGUCUGAUUUAGACGGCGAGAAUCGUCACGUCGUGAUAAGCGAGAACUUACCGCACACGUUCGCCCUCACAACGUUCAUGGACUCUAUAUAUUGGACGGACUGGGAAACAAAUGGCGUGUUCACGGCUGAGAAAUUUUCUGGAGAGAAGAGAGAUAGGAUGGUGACCAUGUUACACAGACCGAUGGAUCUGGUUGUUUACCAUGCAAUGAGACAACCUGAUAUGAAAACAAAUCCAUGCGAGGCAUUGAACUGUAGUCAUCUGUGUCUGUUACGACCGGAAGAUGGACCGGACGGAAAGAGGCGUGAUGCGAGCGCUGUAUGUGCAUGCCCAGAGAAUCACGACUUGAAUCCUGACAAGACGACUUGUAAAGCUGCCUGUGACGCGUCACAGAUGCUGUGUGUGAGUAGUUCCCAGUGUAUACCUCAAUGGUGGAAAUGUGACAAUCACACUGACUGCGAGGACGGGUCCGACGAGCCACCCGAAUGUAAAGAUAAGCCGUAUUACUGUCGACAGCCAGGUUUAUACCAGUGUCUAAGUGCAACAAAUGAGACACAGUGUAUACCUCCUAUAGGGAUCUGUGACGGUAUAAAACAAUGCGAGGAUGGAUCUGACGAAACACAGUGGAACAACUGCACUGACUAUCCCUGUAUAAUGCACCAGUUCAAGUGUGAAGCUGACCAUAAAUGUAUCAGUGACAUUAGAAAAUGUGAUGGAAAAGAAGACUGUACCGAUGGGGCGGACGAGAAAGACUGCGCGAAACAAGAAUGUCUGGACACACAGUUCCGGUGCAACACGACGGGUAAUUGUAUACCGUACCUGUGGCAGUGUGACGGUGAUAAUGACUGCGGAGACUGGUUUGACGAGAAAUCCUGCUCAAACCGCACCUGUAAAGAUGACUAUAUCAAAUGUGAAAAAACAA